AGUCUUCUUUCGUAACCCCACUCAUCCAACAUCAAAUACCCCUCCACCGAUCUGGUGGGUUCGUUUACUGUUAAAUUAUCUCUCAAACUAACUAAAUUCAAAAUAACAUAGUCCCGAACAUGUUCCAUUUCCUCCAUCGCCAAUUGGCCAAGUCAGUUUUCGGAACCAAACUUGGUGUUGGUCUUUCCUCUGGCCCCUCACGCCAGCUGUCCAGAACAAGGCUGCUAGCGGGCACCACCUACCAGCUCCAAAAACCAUGGCUCCAGCAUCCAGGUCCUUGUACCAGCGGUAAUAUUACUCGAUUCUUCUCGGCUUCACAGGUCGAUGUACCCGCGACUUGCACUCACAACCCUGCGUCCGAGGCCAAGAGGGUUGAGGAAUUCGUUGAUAUCCACGAUAUUGGUGGCUUUAAUCCCAAGGACUUUGAUGUCCUGAUUAGCGAUAUAGGUGUCAACCAGCUUAAACAUAAAAUAGCUGAUAUUGCAGGCAUCUCGUACCAUCAGCCGGCGAGUGAGCAAGAAGCGAAUGCGGUAGUACGGGUUGGCAACUGCUUUAUUUAUGGUCGGAACCUACGCGUGAUGUUUCCGGCUGCUGUGACGGGUCGCUUUGGUAAAGCUUUUUGGAUUGUUUUUCUUGUGGACACGGGCUCGCCCAAGACCUAUCUCUCCGCUGAGGUAAAUUUUCAAGGUUCUUGCAUGGAAAUAAUAGCAUCUAUCUAACUACAAAAAAUUUAGGCUAGCGACCUCUUUGGCAUCUCAGCCGUUCGUGAGGACACACCAGUACAUGUCCGGAUUGGUGGACGACCACACAGUGCAUUCCGCGCACCCGAGUGCUCCAAUUUUGUUGACAUCAAUAUUCUCGGCACGGACUUUCUUGACGCCCACGCGGUUAGCCUGGUGUGUAACCCGGAGGGACUGGAAGCCAAAUUGUUCUUCGACGGGAAAGCAUGGAGGGUCUUGGUAGAAGGUGAAAAGUUGUAGUUCGUCCCCUGUAGGGUGGGGCUCCUAAUGAAUUUUUGUUUUGUUGUUGACUAGCCAAAUUCAAUUCAAUGCAAUCCGUUGGGCGGUCUGGGACAGUAAAAUUCGCAACCGGCACGCUUGUCCUGUUUUGGAGUCACCCAACUAAUCCUACCUACUCGAGUAUGUUUUAUGGAUUUUGCGGGGUGUCUAACUUGGUGAAAAAUAUGCGAUUGUUAGCUUUGUGCUGGGUAUUGGAGUUUGUGGGAUCUUGCUGGUGUCUGAGGUAGCAUGUCGGCUUCUAGUAUUUUAAGUUGGCUUGGUGUGUGAAAAUCUGCCCUUUGUGGGGUUUGCGAGGUUCUUCUACUUGGUGAGAAGAUGUCUUCCAAGGGCAUACUGAACGUCUG